AGAUUAUGCUUGUGCUCUUCAGAGGGACAUUUUGCUUCAGGGAUGACUAUACCUUUCAGAAAACUGGCUAUGUUUCUAUAGCAACAUCUUCAGAUGGGAAACUACAAUUUGUAUUGCUUUAAAGAAUAUAACUUUCAUGACCAAGGAGAAAACUGCUCGACUCAUCCCAAAUGCUAUCCAGAUAGUUACAGAAAGUGAAAAGUUUUUCUUCACAUCUUUUGGUGCCAGGGAUAGAAGUUACCUCAGUAUCUUUAGGUUGUGGCAGAAUGUAUUAUUAGAUAAGAGCCUGACUAGACAAGAAUUCUGGCAACUGCUCCAGCAGAACUAUGGCACUGAGCUAGGUUUAAAUGCUGAGGAGAUGGAAAACUUGUCACUGUCGAUUGAGAAUGUGCAGCCAAGAAGUCCAGGAAGAAGCAGCUUGGAUGACUCUGGGGAGAGAGAUGAAAAAUUAUCCAAGUCAAUCAGUUUUACCAGUGAAUCAAUUAGUCGGGUUUCAGAAACAGAGUCAUUCGAUGGAAAUUCAUCAAAAGGAGGAUUAGGCAAAGAGGAGUCCCAAAAUGAGAAACAGACCAAAAAGAGUCUCUUACCAACUUUGGAAAAGAAGUUAACUAGAGUGCCAUCAAAGUCACUGGACUUGAAUAAAAAUGAGUAUCUUUCUCUGGACAAAAGCAGCACUUCAGAUUCUGUUGAUGAAGAAAAUGUUCCUGAGAAAGAUCUUCAUGGAAGACUUUUUAUCAACCGUAUUUUUCAUAUCAGUGCUGACAGAAUGUUUGAAUUGCUCUUUACCAGUUCACGCUUUAUGCAGAAAUUUGCCAGUUCUAGAAAUAUAAUAGAUGUAGUAUCUACCCCUUGGACUGCAGAACUUGGAGGUGAUCAGCUGAGAACCAUGACCUACACUAUAGUCCUUAAUAGUCCACUUACUGGAAAAUGCACUGCUGCCACUGAAAAGCAGACACUGUAUAAAGACAGUCGGGAAGCACGAUUUUAUUUGGUAGAUUCAGAAGUACUGACACAUGAUGUCCCCUACCAUGAUUACUUCUAUACCGUGAACACAUACUGUAUCAUCCGAUCUUCAAAACAGAAAUGCAGGCUAAGAGUUUCCACAGAUUUGAAAUACAGAAAACAGCCAUGGGGCCUUGUCAAAUCUUUAAUUGAAAAGAAUUCCUGGAGUUCUUUGGAGGACUAUUUCAAACAGCUUGAAUCAGAUUUGUUAAUUGAAGAAUCUAUACUAAAUCAGGCCGUUGAAGACCCCGGAAAACUUACUGGCCUACGAAGGAGAAGGCGAACAUUCAACCGAACAGCAGAAACAGUUCCUAAACUUCCUUCUCAGCAUUCCUCUGGAGAUGUGGGCUUAGGUGCCAAAGGGGAUAUUACAGGAAAGGAAAAGGAAAUGGAAAACUAUAACAUCACUCUUAUUGUGGUAAUGAGUAUUUUUGUGUUGUUAUUAGUUUUGUUGAAUGUGACACUGUUUCUGAAGCUGUCAAAGAUAGAACAUGCUGCUCAGUCCUUUUACCGUGUCCGCCUCCAAGAAGAGAAAUCUUUAAAUUUAGCCUCUGAUAUGGUGUCAAGGGCAGAAACUAUUCAGAAGAAUAAAGACCAGGCCCAUCGUUUAAAGGGAGUGCUCCGAGACUCCAUAGUGAUGCUUGAACAGCUGAAGAGCUCACUCAUUAUGCUACAGAAAACGUUUGAUCUACUAAAUAAGAAUAAGACUGGCAUGGCUGUUGAAAGCUAGUGAUCUGAAGGACUAAAACCGCAGAGAUACUUGGAACUAAAAGAAAAUACCUGGAAGAAAACCAGAUGAAUGAAGGAUUUUGGCACAAAACAUUUCUAUGUUUUUUCAUUAUUGAGAUUUCUAAUAUGAACACUUCUUUCAGUAACAUUUAUUUGAUAAUUAGUUUCUGCUAGCCUUAAGAAUCCAUCCUGUCACUUCUUAUAGAUAUUUUUAAGCUGUGAAUUUCUUCAGUGAACCAUGAAAUAUAUUGUAGAACUGAAUUUCUCUGAUACAAAAAGAAAAUGACACACCCUGAAUUGAGUGGUAUGGUCUCAUUUCUACAGUGAAGUCUGAUGCUUUGUUAGCACAGAAUCAGUACAUGUCCAAUAGGCUGCUUUCAUAACUGAGAUAAGACCAAGAGGAUAAACAGGACAAUAUAAGAAGAAACCUCUAUGUCAUUACUGAUUUUAAAGGUUCUGUUUUCAGGCAUGUAACAUUUCCAGGUUUGUGUACUGUAAAUAUUAUAAUGUCUUCAUUUAUUUAGCAUGCAAAUUUAAUCGUCAAACUUUUUGAAUCUGCAUGUUGAUGAUGAUUAUCAGAAAGGGUCUUCUGCCAUGUUGUAUCUUUAUGAAAGAAAUAGUUGUUUUUUCUUUUUUUUUUUUUUUUGAGACGGAGUCUCGCUCUGUCACCCAGGCUGGAAUGCAGUGGCGCAAUCUCGGCUCACUGCAAGCUCCGCCUCCCGGGUUCACGCCAUUCUCCUGCCUCAGCCUCUCCAAGUAGCUGGGACUACAGGCGCCCGCCACCACGCCCGGCUAAUUUUUUUGUAUUUUUAGUAGAGACGGGGUUUCACCGUGGUCUCGAUCUCCUGACCUCGUGAUCCGCCCGCCUCGGCCUCCCAAAGUGCUGGGAUUACAAGCGUGAGCCACCGCGCCCGGCCAGUUGUUUUUUCUUAAGGUAACUAUCAGAGGUGGGAUUAUCUUGCCUCCUCACUUAAGAUACCAACAGUCAAAAGAAAGAACCAUCCUCUGAGUUUUAAAAACCAGAAGGUUAUGUUAAAAUCUGGGCAUUUAGUGACAGAUCAGAUGCAUACUUGAACUAAGGUUGGCUUCAGCUUAGCAGUCUUUCAUGAUGGAAGUGACCCAUCUGGUUGAAAAUAAUUUGUGUAUUUUCAGUAACCAUGUAUGGCUUCCUUCUUUAUGUAUGUGUGUGACUUGUUUUGGUUGGUAAGUUAUAAGCCAGACAUAGACUUUAGCUCUGUAAUAAAAACUUCUGGGGCACGUAUGUCCUAGUACAAGUGUACUGACUCUGAAGUUGUAACUCAGAUAAAGCUUUGGCUCUUUCAAAAAGUUUUUAUGCAUAUGUGUCUCCAUGCAAGUGGCUCAUUAAAAUAAGAACUUUGUAAACUGACUUGAAAUCAGAUAUUUUUUCGAGAGUUAGGGAAAGUUGAAGUGUUUUACUGUUUUGUCUCUUGAGCCCUUUCUCUGGGGAAAAAAUACAUAUCCAUCUAUCUAUCUAUCUAUCUAUCUAUCUAUCUCUCUAUCUAUCUAUCUAUCUAUAAAAUGUAUAUACAUUCUUACUGUUUGAACAACUAUUGCCUUUAAUUAAAUGUUUCAUUUUCCCCCAGAGUCCCCAAAGCCACAUGGCAUUAUUAUAGUCAUUUUUGAGAUGCCUGUAGAGAAUGAAAGUAUUGACUCUGUUAGAGGGAAAAUGGGUUUCUCUGGGUGAAUUCCAACUAAGCAUACCUAGGGGUAUCAGUGAACCUACCUGGGUUUGUUUUGCUUUGGUAAGGAUUUAUGUAGUGUCUGGUUGUGAGCAAGAAUGAGUGGAUUAUAAACUUGAAGAUUUCUCUGUUAAAGUCACAAAAAUGAUCGACAAACAAUAUUUUUGUGAUGUUUCUUUAAAAGUUGUAUUUUAUGACACACUUCAAGGAAGAGUACCAAAGUAAGUUGCUUUAUAAAUUAAGACUAAAUUCGUAUGGAUGCAGAAUUCAAUUAAUAAAAUUUGAGCCUGUUAUGUAAAUUGAAUAUCAAUAAAAUUAAAAAUUUCUGA